AAUUUAUAGUUGGCAGGAUGCUUGAGCAAGGCGUGGCAGUAUGUAGCGGUGGUAAUAAACCAAUUGGUAUGGAAUCGGCCAACGAAGUAGUCACUGCUGAUGCUACAUCUCUUAAUGGUACGUCAAAAAAUGUCUUGAACAUUGAACGCAUGUCACCAGCCAGUGUUGAUUCUGGUUUCGAUUCGUCGUUUCCAUCUUCACCGGAUUGUUCACUGGAUUCAUCAGUUGUUGGAGCAGAAAUGAUGAAAUACUACAAGGAUUCGAGCUUUAAACGACGACAUCAAACAACUACAACUUUGACUGUUACGUCACAGUGUCCGUUGUCAGUUUGUCAACCAUCAUGUUCGUCCUUGUCAUCACCAAUCAGUCGAACGUCGAGCGGUAUUAGUACAUUUAGUACGAGCAGUUUGAUUAGUACCGAUACAAAAGCAGAUGAAAAUUUUUGUCUUGACACAUGCCUUCUGGAGAAAACAGCUUCACUAACUUCGUUAUCAUCCCAGUUACAACUGGUAGCUCAUGUUCCUAUUAAUCAUGAUCCUGGAGUUUCAUCGACCACUGGAUUAGGAUGUUCAACGAUCCCUUCUUUUUCCGGGAGUUCGUCUUCAGAAGUCAGUGAGCUUAUGUUAAGAGUACGUUGUCACUGGAAAAGUUGCACGGAACGAUUUGUAUGCGAUAACGACCUCUAUGAUCAUGUUGUCAAAUCUCAUUUGGAAUUGCUGCGCCCUUCGGUAUAUUUGGAUGGUAACAAUAAUAAUAGUGGCAGCGGCGGUUCACAGUCACAAACGAUUGGUCGUUUAAAAAAUUUAAUGUGCCAGUGGGGGAGCUGUAAAAUGGGUUUGAGUCGUGGUGACUUUCAAAAACAGUUCAUUUGGUUGGAAGAACAUUUUACAACACGACAUGCUGGUAAAGCGCAACCAUAUAUGUGUCUCAUAGAGGGUUGUUCGUCAAGAUUUACAUUAAAACGGUCACUGGAAGAGCAUCUCAGAACGGGUCAUGAAAAAGUGAAAGCGAAACGUCCUCAUGCUGAAGAAGGUGAAUUGUCGAGAGUCAAAUCCUGCUACCAAUGGACACCACUACCUUACUAUAUACCAGGUGAAAAAAACGAUUUUUUGGAUCAUGCAACAGAAGAAUGGAUCGUCAUGCGACUGCGACAAUAUGAGCGGACAAGUGGUGCUUGCUUUAUACCUCGUGAACCUGCAACACCUCGUGGUGGUGCUGCUUAUCGUAAAAGACGUCGAAUACUUACUUUUGCCAUCGAACCAUUGAAAAUUGCUCCGAAAGUUAUUUCUGACACGAUGGAAUUAGCGGAUGCAAAAUCACUUAUCAGAAGUGCUUUCACUAGUACAAAGAGUUGUACAAACUCUGUGGAUAGGACCAUUACGGAUGGUAGCUAAUCAGUCGAUUGUCAGCUAAUUUAUUCAUAAGAUGGAAAUUUUUUGGAGAUUAGGUAUCUUUCGACAGC